GGGAUAAUAUGAAUAGGAAUAAUACACUUAAAUGCGUAGGUUGAUAAAUAUAUAAUCAAGACCGAAGUAGGAAGUGUUUCAUAGCUUUCCGUUUGAUGUUUUGAUAUUAACGCACGCAAAUGAUUUCGUUUCAUUUUUAUUUUCUAUGAUUUUAAAAUGGAUUUUAAGUGCUUUUUUUUUCCCAAGAGAUAUUUUCCCGCGAUUUGAUCACACUAUUACAAAAUCUGUAGAACUGCAGUCAAGAUAUAAGUUUUUAAUUAACGAACCCAGGAAGAAAAUAGUGCAAACACAUCAGUGCGUGAAGCUGUCUGUGUGCAAGAAAACUAAUGGAACUGAAUUUCCGAUAGAAUUGGGUGAUAUUUUCAAUGAGACUGUCAAAAAUCGAAAUUUUGAAUCGGAAGUAGUAACAGAGAAAAAUAUCAAUUCGUUUUUGAACAGUCGGGAAAAAGUCGGCAGUACUAUCACUAUUUUUGUUGUUGACAGCCAAACAAAAAACGAAAUCUAUAAACUUGAACAAACUAAAUGUCAUAUCCUGGUGAUUGCAGAGGAUGAAAAUGUUAAGACAGAAUUAGAAGAGGAUUUUAAAACACAAGGUGAACAUGUAAUAACUGUCACAAACAAUGAAAACGUUUCAAGUGAAAUCGAUAAUUUGUUAGAACGAAUUACACUCGCACCAUUAAAACACAUUGGUGAGAAUUGCUAUGCUAUGCUGGAAUGGAAGGACUCUUCGUCAGAAACGUCGACUGGUUUUCCGCAUACUGAACUAUCCAAUAUAUCGCGUACCGGAAACAUGUACAGAGAAGAGGGCAGCAUAAACGGAUUGGCAUAUGCCGAAACGCCGACAAAUCGGCGCAGUAGAUAUCGAACUGAACGCAAGCAUAUUUCAAAAGGGAAGAAACCUGUAUCUUCUGCGCAUUCGUCUCCUUGCCGGCAAAAUGGCUCUGCAGUACCUGUCGAUUUCGACUUAGGGAAGAGAACAUCAAAAUUGAGCGAAGAGAACAAAAUAGAUGUUUCCUCGCAUAUUUCAACAAUACACACAAGACGCCGAUCUAAUAUAGAGCCUGGGGGUAUACCAAAGGGCUUCAAACAAGCCUCUUCAAACACUAAGUGCUACGUAACAAAAGUUGAAAGAGAUACUACAACCACAACAAAAGGUAAAAGAAGAAAGACAGAGCUUUUAGACCAGACUGGAUCGUCAGACGUAGAAUACCAGUCUUCUAGAAGAGGUCAAAUACAGGAGAAAGAAAAUCCAGAGCGCCUUCUAGAAGCAAUUCUUGCUUUAUACGGAAUGAGUAAUGUUCCCGAAACAGAAAGGCCUGCUGUUCCUAAACACAGUUACAAAGUUAGCAAAGAGUUGUGUAAUGAAGUAUUCAAAAUCAGUCCCACAAUAAAAAGAAUAGGCUAUCGUUACCGAACAUUUUACAUAUAUGCUGUUAAACCGAAAUGUCUAGCAGAUGAGGAAAAGAGAAGGAAACAAGUUUGUUCUCUGCUGAAAAAAUAUGGUAUUUACCGUUUUGAAAUAGCUCCAUGCGCUGAAAAUAUCAUGGGAUUUAUGCACGUUGGAGCCGAAAUAGAAGUAAGAUCACCAUACUCGCUGAGAUCACGAGCAGUACGCGAACCCGGGACUGUCAAAGGCGGCACGCUCGGUUGUUUUGUAAAUAUGAAUGAUGGAGAAGGACAAUGCGGCCUUCUUUCUAAACACGUUUCUGAACAUUACAGCGAUGUAUAUUAUGUUGGUAAAGGUAACAAUAAAUUUAUCGGUCAUAUGCUAGAAAGCACAAACAAGCAUCAACCAAAUGGUCUUGAUAUUUCCGCUGCAUUAAUGAACGAGCAUAUAAGCGAAGAAGGAACAAUGUUCAAGGACACACGGCAAGCUCUUUUGAAAGGAAUGUUAUAUGAAUACAUUGAGGAUAAAGAGGAUGCGGUAUGUAGCAGCGGACAGUCUGUAUAUAUUUACGGAGCAAAGUCAAAUCCUGGUAAAGGUGAAAUUACAAUGCCGUUUGUUGAUAGUGGACUCUCGUCUACCUUAAUUCAAGUAGAAGACCAGGUACGUUCCGAUGGAAAACUCCAAGGACAUUUUGCAGAAAAAGGCAAGUGUGUUUUCUUUAAGAACACGAAUUGUUACGUAUUGAUAAGAAAAUAUGGAGAAGAUAAAAGCAUGCAGUUAGACAUAUUAAACUACAAUGAAAGGGGUCACCUACUCAAAAUAUUCAAAUGAAGCUCUUGUAUUCUCGAGGACAUGGCAAAAGUUACAACAGGCUUACAGUAAGUUAUGAUUCAGAGGAUUUCGCCUAAUUUAGGUUUUAAAUGUUAAAAUAUUGAAAGUUAUUUUGAAUUUUGGUGCAGCAUGAUUAAAACAACCUUUGCACAAGCUUGGAUUUAUAUGAAAAUAUUCAUUUGUAUCUGGACAUGUAUCAUUGCAUUGGCAGUUAAUAAAUAAAAGUUGUAAUAUUUGUAAGCAAAGUAUAACUAAUUUAUCAACAUCUGCACGCAACCUUCUGUAUUUGUUUGCACACAUUACGUCCGCCUUAGACGUACAUUGUAGCAACUAUGAAUACGUCAGUGUCAAACAACGUGAAUUACUAAGGUCAUUUAAUAGAUAAUCAUGCUUCACUUUCGCAAAGAUUAAACAUAACUAAAUGUAAUUGUGUUCUGUGACCUAAAAUAAGUUUUUCACUUUGGAACAUAUUGUCUUGAUUUAAACAAUGUUAAUUGUUUUGUUGACUACAAUUAUCAAUUGAUGUAUGAAACAAGUGAAUCAUAAUGAAACAACUAUAAAUAAAUGUAAACUCAUU